UACUCCUCCCUUACUCAGAGACAUAUACAUUACAAUAUAUACAGACACACAGACACACUAAGGCAUAGGCUUUAGCUAAUACUAGUCUUCUUCUUUUGUGCAUUAGAUCAUCAGAAAAGAAUGGCUGAUAAGGGAAGAGGCAGUGCAAUGGUAGCUAUGAUGAUGCUGUGCAUGCUGAUAUUCCAUUUUGAGAUGGGUAGUGCAGCAACUUAUAUUGUUGGUGGUUCUAAUGGUUGGACCUUUAAUCUUGCUGCCUGGCCUAAAGGAAAGCGCUUUAGGGCUGGUGAUAUACUUGUAUUCAACUACAGUCCUGCAGCCCACAAUGUGGUAGCAGUAAACAGGGUUGGUUAUGAUUCAUGCACAGGUCCUAAAGGUAAAGUCUAUAGAUCAGGAAAAGAUAGAAUUAAGCUUGUGAAGGGACAAAACUUCUUCAUCUGCAGCUUUGCUGGCCAUUGUCAAGCUGGAAUGAAAAUAGCCAUUAAUGCCCUGUGAUCGAUCAUCUCUUAUGAUUUUAUAUAUGUGAUCUUAGAAAAAGAAAAGGGUCAGUAUUUAUGUGUUUGGUGUGGAGGUGUUUACUAUUUUGCUUUUAUUUUGUGGGAGUGUGGUGCAAUAAUAAUAAUAAUAGUGUUACAAAAUAAAUGGGGAUCAAUUAAAGAUUGGGAGUGAACUUCAUAGCUUUCAUGGGAUCUUGUAUUGUGCUUCUAAUUAAAUGUUAGUUUUCUCCAAACUUUUAGAAACUUAUAAAGUAUAUUCAGCGCAUCAGUUAUUCAUAGAAAUAUUUACCCACAAUUUGUUAA